AUGAGGAUUUGCGUCAAAACUCUGAAGGGCAGUACCUUCGACAUCCAAGUCAAGCCCCAAGACACGGUCGCUGAUGUCAAGAAGAGCAUAGAAUCUGCACAAGGAGCAGACACUUAUCCUGCUGGAGAACUGAUGCUUAUCCACCAAGGGAAGGUUCUUAAGGAUGAAACGACAUUGGAUGAAAAUAAAGUUGCUGAAAAUAGCUUUGUUGUUGUCAUGAUAAAAAAGAAAAACUCUUCUGGCGAAGGUUCAGCUUCAACAGCAAAGGCACCUCAGACCAGUGCCCCAUCAUCAACAGCACCACAAGCUCCUGUAGCAGCACCGCCAGCUCCGGCUCCGGUUUCGGCUCCAGCUGCAGCUCCUUUGGUUGCUCCUGCGUCUGCAGCACCUGCUGCUCCUACAUCUUUAGUUGCUGCUACGUCUGACGCCAAUCCUUAUGGUCAAGCAGCAUCUACAUUGGUGGCUGGGACUAACUUGGAAGGAGCAGUCCAGCAAAUCCUUGAUAUGGGUGGAGGUACCUGGGACAGAGAAAUUGUUAUUCGGGCACUCCGUGCUGCUUUCAAUAAUCCAGAGAGAGCUGUUGAAUAUCUGUACUCUGGUAUUCCUGAGCAAGCUGAACCUGCAGCACCAGUACCACAAGCACCUGUGAGCGGACAACCUGCAAAUCCAGCUGCAGCAGCAGCAGGAGCUGCACAGGCUGCAGCCCCAGCUGCAGGGCCCAAUGCAAAUCCUUUAGACCUUUUCCCUCAGGGCCUUCCCGCUGCUGGAACAGGUGGGGCUGGUGGCGCUGGAACACUGGACUUCUUGAGGAACAGUCAGCAGUUCCAAGCCUUGCGAGCUAUGGUGCAGGCUAACCCACAGAUAUUGCAGCCCAUGCUUCAAGAAUUGGGGAAGCAAAAUCCUCAUCUAAUGAGACUUAUUCAAGACCAUCAGGCAGACUUCCUUCGUCUGAUCAAUGAACCUGUCGAGGGUGGAGAGGCGGGCAUAUUGGGGCAGCUUGCUGCUGCUAUGCCACAGUCGGUGACCGUUACUCCUGAAGAGCGUGAAGCACUAGGCCGCCUUGAAGCGAUGGGAUUUGAUCCACAAAUCGUGUUGGAGGUGUUCUUCGCCUGCAACAAGAACGAGGAACUGGCUGCCAACUAUCUUUUGGACCACAUGCAGGACUUUGAGGAAUGA